UUCUUUUUCUUUUGUUCCAGGGAAUAACCAUGGAUAAAAGUGAGCUGGUACAGAAAGCCAAACUCGCCGAGCAGGCUGAGCGCUAUGAUGACAUGGCUGCAGCCAUGAAGGCAGUCACGGAACAGGGGCAUGAACUCUCCAAUGAGGAGAGAAAUCUGCUCUCCGUUGCCUACAAGAACGUGGUAGGUGCCCGCCGUUCUUCCUGGCGUGUCAUCUCCAGCAUCGAACAGAAAACAGAGAGGAACGAGAAGAAGCAGCAGAUGGGCAAAGAGUACCGGGAGAAGAUAGAGGCAGAACUUCAGGACAUUUGCAACGAUGUUCUGGAGCUGUUGGACAAAUAUCUUAUUCCCAAUGCUACACAACCAGAAAGUAAGGUGUUCUACUUGAAAAUGAAAGGAGAUUAUUUUAGAUAUCUUUCUGAGGUGGCAUCUGGAGACAAUAAGCAAACCACUGUGUCGAACUCUCAGCAGGCUUAUCAGGAAGCAUUUGAAAUUAGUAAGAAAGAAAUGCAGCCUACACACCCCAUUCGACUUGGCCUGGCACUGAAUUUCUCAGUCUUUUAUUAUGAGAUUCUGAACUCUCCUGAAAAGGCUUGCAGCCUGGCAAAAACGGCAUUUGAUGAAGCAAUUGCUGAAUUGGAUACACUGAACGAAGAGUCGUACAAAGACAGCACGCUGAUCAUGCAGUUGCUUAGGGACAAUCUCACUCUGUGGACGUCGGAAAACCAGGGAGAUGAAGGAGAUGCUGGGGAGGGAGAGAACUAAUGUCUAUUGUGCUCCGUGAUCUGUUCAGUGUCACUCUGUACCCUCCACAUAUAUCCCUUUGUGCGAUAUAAAAAAAAAAAAAGAAUCGUACGUCGACUUUUCGAUUUUUCACAGCCUCAGCCUAACAAAAAUGGUCCAUGGGAUAAACAGCUGGUAUUUGUAUCUUAAACUCAGAUUGGUCAUAUAAAUGCCACGGCAUUCUGAAGUUUUGAUUUUUAACAUUGACAGGAUUACUGUGUGUUUAAUUUUUUUAAAAACUGAACACUGUGAUUAUGGGGUUUUGUAACUAAAGCAGAACUCUUACUGGUAGAAGAAAUAGACCUGAAUUAUCUGUAACUUUUGGGAAAGUUUGAACUGAUAUCAAAACAGUCAUUGAAAUACUGCUCCAUUGUAAAGUUGUACAGAAAGUUGUAGAGAUUAUAUUGUGAUGCUGGGACUUGGAGUGAGACACCUGUCAUUUCCCAUUCAACUUUGAUGGCAAUUCACAGUAAUUCUGCCUCCUCGGGGCUUAUAGACACUUGACCAGUUGGGGCUAUUGCCACUCAAAAGUUCAUGACUGCAGAUGUCCAGUGUCUUCCACUGAGAAAACUCAAAGCCUAAAUUGAAAUUCUUUGCAGCAGUUAACUGAGUUAUGACACCAUGAGAAGGUCCAGUGCUCAUAUGACACAUGUGACUAAAACCCCUGUCCUACAACAUCACUGAUUUGCGACUUGUACUUCAGUUGUGGAAUCUGUUUUCCUUGUAACCACAAGCUAAAGAAGAAAACUAGCUGUGUAUCUUAUGAAUGGCCUUAUCUGUCUCCUGGGUAAUACCUUUAAGAAUAAUGUUCUGCAGAGAUUGCCUUUCACAUGAGGAGUACUCAGUCUUUGGGUUCUUCUUAGCUCGGGGCUUUUAAAUUUUGAAAUCUAAACAUUCUUUCCCACUGACAUUUUGACUGUUGACUUCUUUUUCUCUUCCCUCUUUAAAUUUC